AUGGCGGCCGUUGCAGCACCCACCCCGAAGCUGGAUCGCUACAUUGUCAUCCACGUUGCAACCACCUGUGAUGAGCAUGGCGUCUAUGUCACCAAGGAUUCGGCAGAGGUGAUUGAACUGGGCUGGAUUCUGUUGGAUACCAAGACCUGUGAAGAGUUGCACCGCGAAAGUGUCCUCGUCAAGCCCGUCAAUACGCCCAUUACGCCGCUUUGCACGAGCUUGACUACCCUGACAUGGGAGCACGUCCGCUCCGCAGGAACCUUCCGUGAUGCCAUCUCCCGGCUCGACGCCUUCGCCCAGGAACACCUCACCAGCAAGCACCUGGAGUUUGCUUUUGUGACGCUGGACUCGUGGGAUCUGCGGGUGCAGCUGCCCCGCGAGGCCCGCGACAAGUCCGUCGUGCUGCCGGCAUAUCUGCAACACUCCCGGACCUUUGACCUGCGCACCGAAUAUCAACGCUGGCAAACCCAUCACCCCGAGUCGCUGCCGUUCGGUCCCAGCUCGCUCUCCAACAUCUGUGCUGCCCUCGAGGUCGAGCCCAUUCAGUCCUCCGCGCCCAUCAAGCACAAUCUGCCCUUCCACCUGCAGGCGUUGGCUCCGGCCUCGCCCCGCCGCGCUAUGGAGGAGUCCAUCACCCUGGCCCGCGUGCUUCGCGGUCUGAUCCGCAAGUCGCAGCCGGCCCACGAGCACCCGGAAAUCCUGACCCGUCCCAUGGAUGCCCAUGCCGACGUUCGGGCCUUCCUGUCGGAGCGGAGCAAGGUUCUUCACCUGAGCGGUCUGCCGCAUGAUACCACCCAGUCGGAGUUGGAGAGUUGGUUCACGCAAUUCGGUGGUCGCCCGAUCGCUUUUUGGACAUUGCGGACACCGGACCAGCACAAGCCUACCGGGACGGGCUUUGCGGUCUUCUCGUCGCACGAGGAGGCUGCGGAGAGCCUGUGCAUGAACGGCCGGGCUCUCAACGAGAAGGCCAUUGAGGUUUCGCCGUCCUCGAGCCGGGUUUUGGACCGCGCUGCGGAGAUCCUCACUCCCUUCCCGCCAUCAAAGAACCGACCUCGCCCGGGCGACUGGACGUGCCCGUCUUGCGGCUUCUCCAACUUCCAACGCCGCACGGCUUGCUUCCGUUGCUCGUUCCCCGCCAUGGCUGCCGCUCCCGACCCAAUGGGAUACGGAGCUUACGGCUAUGGCCCGCCCUCGAUGAUGCCUCCUCAUAUGGGCCAUGGCGGCGGCGGUGGCGGCGGUGGACACGGCAUGGGUCACUCUCGUGGCAUGGGAGGCAACGGCGGUGUGGUUCCCUUCCGUGCCGGUGAUUGGAAGUGCGGCUCCGAGGGCUGUGGUUAUCACAACUUUGCCAAGAACAUCAACUGCUUGCGGUGCGGUGCGCCUCGAUCGGGCGCGGCAGUCGUGGCCGACUCGGCCUUCCCAUCGCCUAUGGAACCUCCGUCGGGGUUCAACAUGGGUCCUAACUCGAUGGCGAGCACUCCGGGCCCGGGCCCGUUCGCGUCGACCGCAGGCGGAUUUGGUGGGUUCGGCCAACAGUUUGGCGGCCCUCCUAACAACUACGCUCUGCCUUCCGGCGGACUGGGCAAUGCUCCCGGUGGCUACCCUCCAAUGGGCCAGAUGAACUCUGGAUAUGGCUCAUCCAACACCUCGCACUCGGCCGCCUCGUUCGCGAACCCUGCCACCCAGGCAGCGUUCAGCGGCGCGGACCACCACGGCAUGGCGUCUAACAACGCUUCCUCCAACGGGGCAUUGUACGGCUCCGAGGGUACCGCCGACCCGUUCGCCUUCCUGUCGACUGGUCUCGGCGGCCUGACCGUGUCGGACGACGCGCACUCGCGACGAAACGGCGCCGGUGCCAGCAAGUCGCCCGCGUAA